UUGUAUGUUUAAAAACACUUUUCAAUCUGGCUUUCUGUCUAUCUUUUAUAGCUUAGGUACUGAACCUUUGCAGUUAUGGUCUUGUCAUGUACCCGAGAAUGAGAAUGAGUGUCACAUUAAGCGUGUUGCUGAUGAAUUGAUCAGUUCUACAGUACUUGAAUUAGCGUCUCCCAACUUGUCCAACACAUACAUCACUUGCCCUCCACUUUCUCGUAACUUGGGUAUCAAAUUACCUUACCUUGUCUUGAUUGUCAAAAAUCUGAAUCGAUACUUUUCAUUUGAAGUGGAAGUGAUGGAUGAUAAGAAUGAAAAACGUCGAUUACGUGCUUCCAACUAUCAAAUAUCUACACGCGUUAAACCCUAUAUGCUUACUAUGCCAAUGCGACUUGAUCCAGGUUGGAAUCAGAUCGUGUUCAAUUUGGGCGACUAUGUCAAGAAGGGAUACGGUACAAACUACACAGAAACAAAUCGUGUUACAGUCCAUGCAAACUGUAGAAUAAGACGCAUUUAUUUUACAGAUAGAACAUAUAAUGAAGAUGAAUUACCAGCAGAAUUCAAGCUAUUCUUACCAAUUGAUAAAAACUAAAUAGUCUCUGGAAAAAAGAACUGGAUUUCUUUUUUAGCUGAAGCAUCAGAAUCUAAUAUAGAUAACAAUUAAAAACACACAUACAUACAUAGACUUCACUUGGCUAUAUAUACCUGAGCCAUGAAAUGAGUUUCUU